AUGAGAGAGUAUGAGAGAGUACGAGAGAGAGUACGAGAGAGUGUACGAGAGCGAGUAAGAGAGUAUGAUAGAGAGUAUGAGAGUGAGAGCGAGUACGAGAGCGAGUACGAGAGCGAGUACAAGAGAGAGUAUGAGAGUAUGAGAGCGUCUGAGAGAGAGUACGAGAGCGAGUAUGAGAGAGUACGAGAGAGAGUACGAGAGAGUGUACGAGAGCGAGUAAGAGAGUAUGAUAGAGAGUAUGAGAGUGAGAGCGAGUACGAGAGCGAGUACGAGAGCGAGUACAAGAGAGAGUAUGAGAGAGAAAAUGAGAGUAUGAGAGAGUAUGAGAGCGUCUGA